AUGAAGCUGUCUGGUUACUAUCAAGUUGCUUUCUACCUAUUAUUGGCCGCUCAAACAUCAGGCCAACCUGUGAUCAGCCCUGUUCCAAACACUUAUCAAUUAUACAAUGAUAGUUUACUGAUGAGUGUCUGGUAUAAUCGAAUAUCGCCCACGGCUGCAGCGGCUGAUGGUGCCAAUGGUAUCAAUCAACGAUGGGAAGAGAACACAUCGACAGUUUGGUAUAUUGAACUUCAGCGAUUCGGUUGUGAUGAUGUGACAGCUGCCAUUUAUGCCAAUCGUUCAAAUCUGCUAUCAAAUGGUGAAAAUAUUUUUAACUGGGGCUUUUCAAAGCAAACUGUUGAUGGUGGAUUCAACAAUUGCUCUAACUGUACUCCACCUAUGCAGGGCACCGGAGAUGCGUUCCAUAGUACAUCAAUGUUUGUUGAAGCAGUAGCCAGGUGUCUAAUACUCAUGCGACAAUCGCCAAAUUUUUUUACUUAUCAGUCGUAUUUUGAUCAAAUUGUUCCUAAAUUAAUUCGAGCAGCUAGUUGGCUUUUGCAACCAGCUGUUCUGUCCAAAGGUAUCCAAAAUAACAUGCCUUAUACCCAUCGACGGUAUAUUUUGGCUGCUGCUCUCGCCGAAACUGCUGUACUAACAAACGAUUCAUCGCUUCAACAACAAUUUUAUUCGCAAGCAGCUGCAUUCGCACAGAAUGGCUUGUCGCUACAAGAUCCAAGUGGUUUCAAUCCAGAGAAGGGCGGCUACGAUUCAAGUUAUAAUGCAUAUGGUUUAUAUCAAGCUUGUAAUUAUUUAGUAGUGUGUCCAGAUUCUAGUCUUCAACAGCAAUUAACAAACAUGUUGUCAAAAUCAUUUGUGUGGCAACUGACACGAAUGAAUUCAGAUGGAAGUGCAAACUUGACGGGUAAUACUCGAGUUACUGCUAUUCCUGGUACAGGUGAAGUGGCCAGAAGUGGUUACGAUAAGAAUUAUGAUUAUAAAGCAACUAUUUACGCAUUUGAAUUGGGAUCUGUUUUACUUCAAAAUGAAACGCUGCACAAUGAAGCACGAUUAGUAGCCAGUUAUGUGGGUUAUAUACAUUAA